AUCGCGACUCGACAUUUGCUGUCAUCGGAGACUGAAACACUUGUUGAUCGUCGUGUACACCAUUCAAAACGUCUUUAAAAGGUUCUUAAGUUAAGUUAGAUUGUGCUGUUUACUUCGUAACGAUUCGUUUCGAACACUUGGACAUCAUUACCGCAGUUUUAAAUGGUUAUUUUAAUAUUUAAACACAAGUGUUAACUUUGUUAUGAUGAAAACUUUUUGAACGAAUUUGUAACCCGAAAAAAAGAUUAAUUUGAAAAUGGACUGGAAUCCAGGUGAUUUAAUCUGGUUUGAUCCAGGAGUGGGAAAUUGGCUUCCAGGGGAAGUUUUAGAAAAUCACAAAACGGCCCAAAUCUUAACCGUUCAAGCUGUUAUAAAUAAUAAACCACAAACAUUCGCUUUAACCAAUACGGAUCAAACUAUACAAAAACGUCAAGAUCUCGGUUUAAACGGUAUGGAAGAUAUGACACAACUUGCCGAUCUUCACGAAGCAGCUUUAUUAUGGAACUUAAAAAUUCGUUAUGAUCGAAAUUUAAUUUAUACUUACGUAGGUUCCAUUUUGAUUGCUUUAAAUCCAUACAAAACCUUCGACUCGUCCUUUUACAACGUCGAAUCCGUUCAAAAAUACUCCGGAAAAUUACUCGGCGAUCUUCCACCGCAUCUUUUCGCAUUAAGUUCUGCCGUUUAUAAUUCUUUACCGAAACCGCAAGUGGUUGUCAUUAACGGUGAAAGUGGAAGUGGAAAAACGGAAAAUUCGAAAUUAGUGUUGCAAUAUUUAGCCGCAGUAUCGCCGUUAAAAAAGAGUUUUAACGAAAACUCAAACGAUAAUUUCGGAUAUAGUUUGAUUACCGAACAAAUUUUAGAAGCCACUCCUCUCUUGGAAGCUUUCGGUAACGCUCAAACGACCCAAAACGAUAACUCAUCGCGAUUUGGAAAAUAUUUAGAAAUCUAUUUCAAAAAUUCAUCAAUUUACGGUGCGAAAUUGACUCAAUAUUUAUUAGAAAAAUCAAGAAUUGUCACUCAAGCCCCCAACGAACGGAAUUAUCAUGUAUUUUAUGAGUUAUUAGAUGGUUUAAGUGUCGAAGAAAGGCAAAAGUAUGGAUUAGUAGAGGCUGAAAAAUAUUUUUAUUUGAAUCAAGGCGGAUUGGGGAAUGUGGGGGGUGGAAAUUUGGGUGGUUCUGGAACCGAUUGGAAUGGUUUAGUAAGAGCUAUGGAGGUGCUUAGGGUACAAGAAAAAGAAAGGGAUGGGAUUGUGAAAAUUUUGGCUUCAAUUUUACAUUUGGGAAAUGUUUAUUUUCACAGACGCCAACUUCGUCACGGUCAGGAAGGUGUAGAAAUUGGUUCAGAUGUUGAAAUUAAGUGGACCUCCCAUUUACUCGAAAUCUCUACAUCCGGACUUCAAAAAGCUUUAACAACUCGUACAACUGAUACCCAUUUGGAUAAAAUUUAUUCUCCAUUAAGUAUCGAUCAAGCUUUGGACACUCGAGAUGCUUUCGCGAAAGCGCUCUAUUCCUGUCUUUUUAAUUGGCUAGUUCAAAGAAUCAAUUUAAUCAUUUUCAAAGAGAUCAAAAGGAACGGGAAAAGUUUUGAAAAUGAGGAAAAAAUUUGUUUGUUGGAUAUUUUUGGGUUUGAAAAUUUACCAGAAAACUCUUUCGAACAGCUUUGCAUCAAUUUCGCCUCGGAAUCUUUACAAAAUUAUUUUAAUCGUUACGUUUUUAAAUUGGAACAAAUGGAGUAUGUUAAAGAAAAAUUGAAAUGGAGUAAUUUAACGUAUCCGGAUAAUUCGAACGUUUUAAAUUUGCUGGGGAAAAAACCGGUUGGGAUUUUGCAUUUAUUAGAUGAUGAAAGCAACUUUCCAAAAGCUUCAGACUCGUCAUUCUUAGAAAAGUGUCAUUAUAAUCAUGUUUUGAAUGAAAAUUAUUCACGACCACGUUUAAAUCUCAAGGAAUUUGGUAUAAAACACUUUGCUGGACAAGUUUGGUAUUCAACAGAAGGGUUUUUGGAUAAAAAUCGCGACUUUUUACGACCGGAAAUAAUACACUUAUUAACCUCCAGUAAAGAACCGUUAAUUAAAGCGAUAUCAACACCUUUAUUGAAUCAAAUUCAUUCGAAAACAUUACCAAAAGGACAAAACGGAAGAUUUGUAACAAUUAAACCACGAACCCCAACGAUUUCUGCACGGUUUAACGACAGCUUACAAAAACUUUUAGAUUCGAUGAGCAAAGCAAAUCCUUGGUUUAUUCGUUGUAUUAAACCUAAUAAUGAAAAAAUUCCAUUAAAAUUUGAUUUAGAUGUAGUUUUAGAACAAUUAAAAAACACCGGAAUGGUUGAAAUGAUUCAAAUCCGACGAUUAGGUUACCCAAAAAGACUGAAAUUUAGUGAAUUCGUCGAAAAAUACGGUUGUUUAAACCGAAAGAAAAUCCCCAAACACGUUUCUUACCGCGAUUUCACUUUAGUUAUCCUAAAAGAAGUCUUAAGAAACGACCAAUUCGAUUUUAAUAACGAAACGUUUAAUCAAAACGAACCCAAAAAUUUUCCAACCGAUUCAAAAUCAUUUGAAAAUGAAGACCUAAGCCGUUUUAAAUUCCAAUUAGGCGUAACUAAAGUGUUUUUGAACGAGAAUUUAUCAAGAAAACUCGAUAUGGAACUAUCAAAUAAAUUACAUCAUUCAGCGAUAAUUAUUCAAAAGAAUUUCCGACGAUUUUUGAUCAAAAAAGAAUUCGAAUCAAUUAAAAAGAACGUUAUUGUGAUUCAAAAAAUGUUUAGGGGUUAUCGCGAGAAGAAGAGAUUCAAGACUUUUAAAAAUGGUGUUAUAAAACUUCAAGCUUUAAUUCGAAUGAAAAUUGAAAGAAAGAAAUACUUAAAAAUGCUUAAAGACAUUAAAGCAAAAGAAAAAAUAAAAAUUGCUCAAGUUUUUAAUCAAAAUCGACAAGCUCAACAACAACAACACUCCCAAAUCAAUAAAAUCAAUCAAAACCAAUCUCAUUUUACUCAAAUUAAUCAAAAUUUACAUCAAAAUCAAACCCAAAUGAGUACAAUGAAUCAAAAAGCUUUGAAUCAUUUAGAAAUCCCAGCUGAAUUAGCUUUUAUUUUUACAAAAUUGGAAAAUUUCACUCCUCAACAUACAGAAAAGAACUUAAUAAAACUUUUAGGCGGUGUAAAAGGAGGACUAAAACCUUUAAAUCUUCCAAAAGAUUUAGACACAUUCGAUUUUUCAAAAUUUACUUCUGUUUAUUUCAAUAAAAUCCGUUUUGAACCAAGGAAAGAGCCGAUUCCUAUCCCGUUCUUAUCAAAAUCUUCCUCAAAAGAUCAAGAUUUUCAAGACUCAUUAGCGAUAUUUAAACUCAUUUUGAGAUGGAUGAAUGACCCCCAAUUAAAUGGGAUAAAAGAAAAGGUUUUGGGCGAUUUUAUUUGUUUAAAAGGUUUAAAUUCAAAAACCUUGAGGGAUGAAAUUUUUGUUCAGAUUAUAAAUCAAAUGAGUUCAAAUGAAAAAAAUGAUCGCUUAUGGAACUUGCUUUCGAUUUGUUUGAGUUCGUUCCAACCAAGCCCAGCUUUAAAUAAAUACCUUUUAAAAUUCAUCAAAGAUAACGCCCCGGAAAGCUUUAAAACACAUUUAGAACAAAAAUUGUUACGAUCUAUUCAAAAAGCGCCUCAUUCGAGACUUUUCCCACCAAGUUUAUUAGAGUGGAAAGCAAUUAAGCAAAAAAUUCAUCAAGCUUUACCAUUUACAAUGCCAGAUGGAACUGUUUUAACAGUUUCGGUUGAUUCUUGGACGAGUUGUGAAGAAAUUACCCAAAAUUUAAGCGAUUAUAAUGAAUUAAAAGACGUUCAAAAUCCUUUGAAUGAUCAAAAUUUGGAUGGUUGGACGGUAGUUUUGGAUGAUUCAGGAAUCGUUACGGAUGGAAAUGGAUUGGAUUAUGUAUUCGAUUUAGUUUCUGAACUCGAAUUAUGUCCAGCUUUCCCCGUUCAAAGAUCUACUUUGUUUAAAAGCGGAUCAAGAAGUCGAAAUGAAGUCAAAAUCGAUCAAUUUCAACCAGAAAUUGGUCAAUUUCGAAGUGAAACUGAAAAAAUUGAUCAAUUUAAGGAAGAUGUUGAUGAUUUCCAAGAAAAUUUAGAUUAUGGAGGAAAAUUGAAUGAGUUUCGUGCGGAACAAGGAAAAAGAAUUUCUCAAAUUGACCAAAAUGAAGGAAGAUUACUUAAAGAGAAAAUGGAUCGCUAUGAAGAUAGAAAAGCUGAUUUUCAAACUCGCAGGCAUUCUCAAGAAAAAACAGAUCAUCAUUUCCAAAGUAAACAUCAUACUCAGUACAAGCCAAAAACAUUCCAAGAGACGUUGGAUUAUCCUGGAAUGGAACCAGAGCAUUUUAAUAAAAUUAAUAAGACUCCUGAUCAUUUCAGAAGAUACUCUCAAGAAGAAUCUAAUCACUUUCAGUAUAAAAAUCGUUUUCAAUCUAAAGUUGAUGAAAUAAAAGAUCAAAAAAUCACUCAAGAACACAAGGAAAAUGUUAACAUGCAAUCUAGAAAGAUGGAUCAAUUCAAAGGCAAUAUGAGAAAAGUUAGUGCUUCUCAUACAAGUUUCUCUCAAGAAUUAGAUCAUGUUCCAUUGGUUCGACCACAAAUUCCACCUCCAGAACCCCCACUAAAUUUGAAAAAGAUGUCGAGUGGUUCUCGAAGAAUUUCCAAUCAAUUCUCGAAACAAGACGUUGAUUUUGAUCAAGAAACGGAAGAUUACGGACGAGGAUUAGAUAUGAGAAGUAGUUUUAAAGAAGAUUUUAGAGAUGAUUUUAGAAACAACGAACGACAAAGUUACGGACAACCCAACUUAGAUGAAAGUUCUCAAUUUCAGCCUUCAUCAAAUGAGAUAUUAUCGAGAAAUUCAGCUUUGAACGAACGUUAUUUCGAAUUAGAGAAAGUGCGCUCAAGAAGUUUAGAUAAUCUUUUAUCUGAACCUGAACCAACAACGAAUUUAUCCGAGUUAGGAUUGAGUCAAUCAAGACUCAAUGAUCGUUACCACUCUGUUGAGCAUCUCACGCCGCCCAUAAAACCAGUUUUUACUCCAACUCAACCCAAACCUGAUAUGGAUUUUGAGUAUCCAGAUGCAUCAAGUGUUUCUACUUCUCAUAGAGGCGCUCAUCCGCGGUACAUCAAAUCUCAAUUUUCAUCAAAAAAAGCUCCAGUUGGUUCUUAUCAAUCAAGUCGAGCGUACAUUGAAAAGAACGAAUUUAAUUCUGGCUCAAUGAGUCAUCUAAGAAGCUCAGCAAUGAGCGAUACAAGUGAAGCUCCGAGUUUGGCGAGCCACGUGAGGAGAGUGAGAGUACCAAGUCAAGCAUCGGAUGUUGAUCAAUUUUUAGAUGAAUUGUUUAGCCCGGUUUUAGAUGGAAACUUAGAUGAGUUAAGCGACGCUAGAUCAUUAGCUGCUAGCAUUAAAGGAGGGUUUGAGAAAUCUAUUGAAAAACCUCCAUAUUAUGGUGAUGAACAUUGGACUCAAAAUGAUCAAAAACUAUAUAAAAGUAAUGAAAAAUAUGAUGAUGUGGAAACGUUUUAUACGAGAGAAAAUUUGAGAUAUAAAAGAGGGUUUGAGAAGAUUGAAAUGUUUCCAGUGGAGGAAGAAAUAAAUAAUCAAAGUUCUUUAAAGCUAAAAUCUUUAAAAAGUAUUCAAAAAAGAAUGAGUUGAAACGAAUUGGUAACAUCAUCAAACGACUACAGAAUAUGGUUCAAAGAAAACCAUAAACCAGACGAUUAUUUAUUAAUAAAAUAAAUGUGGCGAAAAUUUGAAUUUAUCAUAAUACAAUAUUGUAGAUAUCAUUUAAAUAUUAGUAAUAUGAAAUUCUUAACGAAAAUGUUUGAUAUAAAAUAGCGGUUUAUAUUUUGUUUAUGUUAAGCUUGAAUUGUUAAUGUUUUGACUGUAAGACUUAUAAAGUUUGAUAUUAUAUUAUAUAUUUUAACAUUUA